AAGCUCUCAUCGUGUGGCCGUUCUCUGACUGACUUCUUGUUUCCAGUCAACGCACAUUCCUUCCGCUUCCUACCAUCCUCUUCAGGACGUGGUUUGUUUUACAACCCUCGUUUCGCCUCUCUAACCCGCCCAAGCGUACAGGACUGCGAACGUUUCAAAAAUUUGCAGUCAGCCAAUCCGAGCCUGCAGAGGUUGCUGUGCAUGUGCUCCGCCGCGAUCGCUCCCGUCCGUCAGCCGUUCUUUCACUUUCAGCCCAAAGAGCCCAGAUCAGCCGCCGGACAAUCGACCAGACCAGGUCUGAACAGCACACUGCUUCCAUCGUCUCCGAUGCAUUCAACGUUGUUCGUCUUGCCGCAACACGCCCCUUUUAACCAACGCAAUUAUCCUUAUUCAAACGAUAUUUAUCAGCCACCCAUGACCUCUCCUCCCUCCUCGUAUCUUCGUUCCUCAGCGAGCCGUUCCUCUGCGCAGCAGGGAUAUGCCCCGUAUCAUCCGCCUUAUGGCUCCAGCCAGGAAGACGACUUGCUACUGGCUGGUACUCCCUCAUCUACCGGCUCAAUAUCUUCUGUCGCGACCGACCGCUCACAGGAACAGCUGCAAGGCUACAAUAUGCGCCCGGAAUACGAUCCCUCACCAGCACCGAGCCAGUCGUAUAACGGUAUGGAUCUGUAUCCGAGGUCGCAGAAGUGGGCUACAGAGCUGCACGGUCUGAGUCAUGAUUACAGUCAGCCAGGUGCUUACGAUUCACAAUCGGCCGCCAUGGGCCUCGCUGCCUCCAUGCUUCCGCAUUCGCAGACCUCACCGUCGGAGAGACAGGCUUUCCCUAUCUCAACACCCAUGGCCUCAUUGCCGAAUUUUGACGCUAGUGCAACAGAGUCGUUCCUUGGUGGAUUCAAUACAUUACCAGGUCACAACUCCGUUCCAGGUUAUCGUCCAUUCUCUAAUGCUGAACGAGUAGGGGCUCCAUCGUCAACCUCGUUUGGCUUCCACCAUCCCUUCUCGCCGCAACCGUCUGAGCGGCAGGAGUUCAUCCAUCAAAUUGCUGUAGAGCACCCACCAACGUUCCAAAUUCCUCCGUCCGCUAACUCAGACCAGCGACAGUCCCCGAAGUUGGAGUACCCAUCCUCUUCGACUUCUCCGCCUCGAGGCUUUUUAGAUAUGGCUGGGGUGUCUCCGUCUCCGACUAUAUCUCCGAAACUCCUCAUGACACCAUUGCUGCCUUCUCCGGACUCAACAGAUCCUCUCGCUACUAUCGGCCCUACCUCUAAUGACGUAGGAAGUCCCGGUUCUUCUGUUGACGGUGACUUUGAGUUUGACCAUGAGAGCGCAAGCUUAGAGGCGUCGCCCAAAUCGCGCGCUCGGCGAAAUGGUCAUGUGGCUGCUAAUGGACCAGCGAGGAAGAGACAGAGGAAGGCUAGCUUCACGAGCUCUUCAGGGGACAGCGAUAAGCGUCGCUCAGGCGGUAGCGAGAGUGGUGAAUCGGAGUAUGAGAAGGACGAUGACGACGAUGAUGAGGAAGAGGAAUACUUUGCCCGUCGUACACGAAGACGGUCAUCUAGGAAGUCGGUUAAUGGAGUUGACGACUUGUCUUCAUUAACGAGUCCUCGCCGCAUCCCUAUUCCUGUGCCUGUUCCAAAUCUUACCAAGAAGAGUCGUGGCCGAAGGGUUCCUACGGAACCCACUAUUGUUGCUCGAGAUGGCAUGGUAAAAUUCAUGCAGAAUUCGCGGACUUACAUGUGUACCGUCCCUGAAUGUGGCAAAUGCUUUGCUCGAGGCGAGCAUCUCAAAAGGCAUGUCCGCAGCAUCCACACGAACGAGAAGCCUCAUAAGUGCCCUUACCCUGGCUGCGGAAAGGACUUCAGCAGACAUGAUAAUCUGGGCCAACACAUGCGUGUCCACAAAGGAUACAAACCCAAAGUCAAUUAGAUCGCGGUGGCCAAUCUCCACCGUGCAGGGCAAUCAACUCUUAAGAUUAUUUUAUGUAUUGUUUCCCGGGCUUUGGGCAUUUCUCUUUCUCUCUCUCUCUCUCAGUGACUCUUCAUAACUUCCAAGGUUUAUUUACUCAACAAGUUCUAUGUUUCAAUAGCUUUCUCCCCCCUGGAAUCGCAACUGUAUCGAUAACUUGGGAUAGCAUUUGGACUCUGUAUUUGCAAGUGUAUCAUCAUUGUCUAGCUAAUGUAUCUACGCAGAGUUCUGUACAAUACCUAUGUUGACUAUCAAAGAUUUCAAGUGUGGAUCCAAUUU